CUCGACCGGAAGUUUUGAACUAACCCAAACGCGGGAAUCCGCUCAUAUUUUUCAUUUGGACAACAGAGAAGGUUGGUGUUGAAUAAAGAUGAAGGUGGUAACUUGUGAGAUCGCCUGGCACAACAAAGAGCCUGUCUACAGUUUGGACUUUCAGCACAGCUCUGAAGGACGCACACAUCGUCUGGCCACAGCUGGAGUGGACACCACAGUCAGGCUGUGGCGAGUCGACAUGGGCCGAGAUGGAAAGGCAGUGGUGGAGUUUCUGUCGAACCUCACCAGACACACAAAGGCCGUCAAUGUAGUGCGCUUUAGCCCCACUGGAGAGCUUCUCGCAUCAGGAGGAGAUGAUGCAUCCAUUCUACUGUGGAAGCUGAAUGACAACAAGGAGCCUGAACAGGCUCCUGUGUUCCAGGAGGAAGAAGACGCUCAACUCAACAAAGAAAGCUGGACGGUCAUCAAGACAUUGAGGGGCCACAUUGAGGACGUGUAUGACAUCUGCUGGACCCGUGAUGGAAAUUUCAUGGUGUCUGGUUCUGUGGAUAACACCGCUAUUAUGUGGGACAUCAACAAAGGACAGAAACUGUGCAUCCUAAAUGACCACAAGAGCUACGUGCAGGGUGUGACCUGGGAUCCACUGGGGCAAUAUGUUGCCACUCUCAGUUGCGACAGAGUAAUGCGCGUAUACAGCACUCACACGAAGAAGAAGGCCUUUUGUGUUAGCAAAAUGAGCUCAGGGUCCCCUGCAGAUGGAGAGGUCAAGCAGCAUCGUAUCUUCCAUGACGACAGCAUGAGGUCGUUCUUUCGUCGCCUUUCCUUCACACCAGACGGAUCUUUCCUGCUUGCUCCAGCGGGGUGUGUGGAGGUUGGAGAAAAUAUUAUAAAUACUACCUACAUCUUUUCCAGGAACAGCCUCAAGAGGCCGGUAGCCCACUUGCCAUGUCCAACUAAAGCAACACUGGCUGUGCGCUGCUGCCCAGUCUACUUUGAGCUGAGAGCCAACAAGGGAGAUGACGGCUCCAUCCAGCCCAAUUUAUUCCACCUGCCGUACCGUAUGGUGUUUGCGGUGGCAUCCGAGGACUCCAUCUUCCUGUAUGACACGCAGCAGACAUUCCCGUUUGGCCUGGUGUCCAACAUUCACUAUCAUACACUCAGCGACCUCACAUGGUCUCGAGAUGGUUCCUUCCUGGCAGUGUCCUCCACAGAUGGCUACUGCUCUUUCCUGUCCUUCUCUCCCGGGGAACUGGGCACGCCACUGAAGGAGCCGCCUACCCUGGAGGUCUUUAGUCCAACCAAUGGUGCGGAAAAGAAGGGCAAAAAGACUCCACAAGGCAGGACUUCGUCUCCUGUUUCCCAGCCGUCAAGCACAGUAUCCACUCCCACAUCCCAUGCCAACCUCUCCUCUGUCACGACCCCUGACGAGAAGAAGACCGGCAUAAAGGCCAAGCCCCGAAAGAUCACCCUCAACACCCUGGAAGCCUGGGGGAAGCCCACGACUCCAAAAAGCACGGCUUCCUCUACACCUCAGAAGCCAACAUCCGGAAGCACGAGCGCACCUUCGACGCCUCAGAGUGUCAACCCUCUCACCCCGAACUCCUCUAAAAAGCAGCCUCUUCUCACCCCACUCACUCCCACUACACCCAAAGUCCUCAACAGCACCAGAUCUCCUGGGCCCACCACUCCUAAAGGUUCAACGGCUGCAAAAGGGCCCAUUCCAAGGCGAGUUUCUUUAACUCCGGUUGGAUCGCAUACGGCCAGUUCGCUCUUCAGUGCUCCAGCGUCCACUGAGAAGGCCAAACAUGGACGCCCUUCUCCUCCAACCGAUCCACUCUGCCAGCCUCCAGAGUCCAAAAGGCCCAAGACGGGCGGCAAUGUCACAGCGGCAAGCGGCACUAACUAAACCUCAGUGUGAUUAUGACAUACAGUACGCAUGAGCGUGACCACUGCAGUGACGCCAUUAUGACAUUGCAUUGUGUGUAAUACCGCAGAGAGGUUAACGUCAGUCCGUUCACUCAUAUCAGGGGUGUCCAAACGUUUGCCACCGAUGCCCACAUACCAAAAAAUGUAACAAUGUGGGAGCUCCAGGCCACUAAUAGUCCUGGGAUCACACUUUGGACUCCAUUAUACACACAAAUGUGAUUGCAAUUUCUUUCUAUUAAAGAUCUUUUUAAUUUGAAAUAAGUGUGACAUUUUCAUCUUUAAAUGCGUGAA